AUGAUAAAACUCUCCCGCAACAUAAGUCCACCCGGGCUUGCGGAGGUUGGGGACCCGCGGCCCCGGGGGCAGCCCAGACGCCGCCCCGUGCCCGCGGCUCCCACCCGCGCGCCCUACUCCGGAGCUGGCGAGUCCGGCGGCGCCCGCGGCGCAGGCAUUUGCAAGAGCAGACCCUUGGACUUGGUGUUUAUCAUCGAUAGUUCUCGUAGUGUACGGCCCCUGGAAUUCACCAAAGUGAAAACAUUUGUGUCCCAGAUAAUCGACACCCUGGACAUCGGGUCAACUGACACACGGGUGGCAGUGGUUAACUAUGCUAGCACCGUGAAGAUAGAGUUCCAUCUCCAGGCUUACUCAGAUAAGCAGUCCUUGAAGCAGGCCGUGGCUCGAAUCACACCCUUGUCAACAGGCACAAUGUCAGGGCUGGCCAUUCAGACAGCAAUGGAUGAAGCCUUCACAGUAGAGGCAGGAGCUCGAGGGCCCACCUCCAACAUCCCGAAGGUGGCCAUUAUUGUGACAGACGGGAGGCCUCAGGACCAGGUGAAUGAGGUGGCAGCUCAGGCCCGAGCAUCUGGCAUUGAGCUCUAUGCUGUGGGUGUAGACCGGGCAGACAUGGAGUCCCUCAGGAUGAUCGCCAGUGAACCCCUAGAUGAGCAUGUUUUCUAUGUGGAGACCUAUGGGGUCAUUGAGAAACUUUCUUCUAGAUUCCAGGAAACCUUUUGUGCGGUGGACCCGUGUGUGCUUGGCACACACCAGUGCCAGCACGUUUGCAUCAGCGAUGGGGAAGGCAAGCACCACUGCGAGUGUAGCCAAGGAUAUACCUUGAAUACCGACAGGAAAACGUGUUCAGCUAUUGAUAAGUGUGCUCUUAACACUCAUGGAUGUGAGCACAUCUGUGUGAAUGACAGAACUGGCUUUUAUCACUGUGAGUGCUAUGAAGGUUACACCUUGAAUGAAGAUAGGAAAACUUGUUCAGCUCAAGAUAAAUGUGCUUUGGGUACCCAUGGGUGUCAGCACAUUUGUGUGAAUGACAGAACUGGGUCCCAUCACUGUGAAUGCUAUGAGGGCUACACUCUGAAUGCAGAUAAAAAAACAUGUUCAGUCCGUAACAAGUGUGCCCUGGGCUCUCAUGGUUGCCAGCACGUUUGUGUGAAUGAUGGGGCAGCAUCCUACCACUGUGAAUGUUACCCUGGCUACACCUUGAAUGAGGACAAGAAGACUUGUGCAGUCAUUGAAGAAGCACGGAGACUUGUUUCCACUGAAGAUGCUUGUGGAUGUGAAGACACACUGGCAUUCCAGGAUAAGGUCAGCUCCUAUCUUCAGAGACUGAACAGCAAACUUGAUGACAUUUUAGAGAAGUUGCAAGUAAAUGAAUAUGGACAAAUACAUCGUUAAAUUGUUCAAAUUUCUCACUUGGAAAUGUGGACAGCUUGGUGUAUCUAAUAUUCAUUCCUUCUGUUGCACACUUGUUAUUGCCAGUGUUCCUGAUAAUAAUAUGCUUGUAUAAAUGCCUGAAUAUUACUGGAUAGAUAGUAUGAGCAUCUUCUGAAGAAUCAGCAUCACUUUUCCAAGGAAAUCAAUGUGCAGAUCCUUACUGAGAGCAAACUUUAGUGACUCUAAGAUUAUGACUGUGAAAAGGUUGGUAGGAAAUAGAAGAAAUGUUUAACGUUUCUUUCUUCAUCUACUAAUUGAGCCAUUUAAUUUUUAAAUGUUUAUAUUAGUAAGAUAGCCACACAAUAGAAAUUGAAAUCUAUUUUAUUUUGAUUGUAUGUAUAAUCUAAACCAGUCUGAAUACUGAGAGUGCAAAUUGUACUACGUAUUUACACAUAAAAGUAUAUAUAUAAUUAAAUUGAGAUGAAUGAAUAUAAUGUAACACGUUUUGUUUUUUGCUUAUUUUGGUGAAGUAUUAUUGAAGCUGUGAUCAAGGGCUUGUGAUACAUACUUCUGAAAAUAGUGAACACAUCAAGUACACAUUACAGGCCAUUUUUAAUUCAUUCUGGUCUUAGAAAGAAAUGUACAACUAAAGAGCACUAGUUGUGAAUUUCUGGUGUUAAACUUUUUAUCCAGGGUAAAAAGUCUGAAAUUUACUUUACCAUUUUGCUUCAGGAUCCAAUUGAUAAAAUUAUAUAUUUAUAAAAUUGCUAUAAAGCAACAAAACCUGAUGUUGUCUUUUUAAUAUUACUGAUAAUCCUAGCUUUUUUCACUUAUAUUUUGAUACACAUAAUUUUUCUAGCUUCAAAACAUAACUUUUAGAA